GCGCGUGAGCCAAGUCCAAAGUGACUUUGCCUGUCACCACAUGGAGUGUGUGUGCUGCAAGCAGCAGACGGCAGUGAGGAAAUCUAGCUCCACAUCGGUGAGCCAGGUGCACGCCCAGGCCACAGAGGCGAUGGCGGAACAAGCCUAUACCAUACCGGUGUUCCGGCAGAGGACUGCGGAUGAGGGGACGGAGGAGUACCUGCGAGUGAGCACCAACGUUGAGAAAGGACUGACUGUGAUUCAGGACGAGAUCCACAGGAUGAGGAUGGCCACCAAGGCCCAAGUGGAGAGUCUCGCUAUCCAGAGAGAGGUUAAAAGCAUGAUGUACCGGAGGGCGGAUUUGACGGACGAAAUCCCGAAGAUGCCGGACUUCCUGGUGGCCCUGCGGCCUCACACCGUGUGGGAGAAGACCCCCGUCAGGCUGUUCUGCACCGUGCAGGGGAACCCCAGGCCCAUUGUCAAAUGGUACAAAGGAGGCGUGCCGGUCGACCCACUGAGCGCCCCCGGGAAGUACAAGAUGGAAAACAAGUAUGGAGUCCACGGUUUGAUCAUCAGCAGGUGUGUUGUUAGUGAUACUGCCGAGUACAGCGCUGUGGCCACCAACCAACAUGGCACUGCUACCAGCAAGGCUACAGUUACUGUGAAGAGACCAUCCGGAGCCGGGGAGUCCAGCUAUCUUGGUUUAGUGCCUCGCCUGACCCAGAUCCACCCCAGUAAGCUGGAGGUCAGCCUGCUGGAUCGGUUCUCCGUGAGCUUCGGGGUGGAGGGCGGCUCCAUCAGCCUGGUGUGCUCCAUGGUGGUCGUCCCCGACCUCCCCAACCUCCCCCCCCUCGUCCAGUGGUUCAGAGACGAUAAACUGCUGACCCCGGGUCAGCUGGCGGAGAUGACGGCGGGCGGAGGAGCGGCCCGGCUGACGCUGCCCCACCUGGCCAAGGACGACGAGGGCCUCUACACCCUCCGCAUCUUCACCCAGGACGGCACGGCGGAGCACAGCGCCUACCUGUUCGUCUCCGAUGCCGCCCCCUCCGUGGCCGGGGCCCCCGGCGCACCGAUGAGCGUGAAGGCGUACGACGUCAACGCGGACUACGUCCUGGUGGCGUGGAAACCCCCCAACACCGUCAACGAGGCGCCGAUCACCGGAUACUUCGUGGACCGGCGUGAAGCCGGCAGCGACGCCUGGGUCCAGUGCAACGACGCCCCAGUGAAGGUGUGCAAAUACCCGGUGCACGGCCUGAAGGAGGGCCGCUCCUACCACUUCCGGGUCCGAGCCGUGAACGCCGCCGGCGUCAGCAGGCCGUCCCGCGAGACGGGCAGAGUGACCGCCCUCGACGCCGCCGAGGACGAGAGGCUGCAAGUGAUUAAGAUCGAAGGGAAAUACGACGUAGUGAUCAAGCAGGAUGACCUGGAAGGCCACGUGACGAUCCCGUUGGCGCCCACCGACGUGCACGCGUCCGAGGUUCUGCGGUCGUACGUCGUGCUGAGCUGGACGCCGCCGAGCCCUCGAGGACGAGCGCCGCUGUGCUACGUCAUCGAGAAGUGCUUAGCGGGCACUGGCGCGUGGCAGCGGAUCAACGCGGCCGUCGCGCUCCACUCGCCCCGCUUCCCGGUUUUUGAUUUGCAAGACGGGCUAAAGUACGAGUUCCGCGUGUAUUCGGUGAACCGGCACGGGGCCAGCGGGCCGUCGGAGCCCUCCGGGCCGGUGCAAAAGGGGGAGGAGGACGGUAAGGACCACGUGAUCAGCGCCCCCUCUGCUCCCGGUCAGGUGGUCUCCACCAGGAACACCAAGUCCUCGGUGUUCGUGCAGUGGGAGCCCCCGAAGCACCUGAACAACCUGGUGGGGUACUACAUCGACGGCCGCGCGGCCGGAACCAAGGACUGGUUCCCCUGCAACCACAAGCCCUUCAAGCACUGCAGGUUCGUGGUCCACGGGCUGACCCCGGGGGAGAGCUACACGUUCCGGGUCCAGGCCGCCAACGUCUUCGGCCUCAGCGAGGAGUCCCAGGAGUCCUCGCCCAUCAGCGUGGAGCCGGCCCUCGGGUUAGGGGUGGAGUACGCGAGUCCCAGCGCGCCCUUCGGCAUCACCCUGCUGAGCUGCGACGGCUCCUCCAUGACUCUGGCCUGGAAGAGCCCCAAACACUGUGGCGGCUCCAAGGUCACCGCCUACUACCUGGACCAUCGCCAUGCCGACGCCCUGCUGUGGAGGGAGGUGAACCAGGAGGCCGUGAGGGAGGAGCACUGCUCUGUGGACAACCUGACUGAAGGAACCUUCUAUGAGUUUAAGAUCCAGGCCGCCAACAUGGCCGGAGUGGGCGUGGCCUCGGCCCCCAGCGCCCCCCUGAAAUGUGAAGCGUGGACCAUGGAGGAGCCAGGCCCCGCCUACGACCUGAGCUUCAGCGAGGUCAGAGGUCGGUCCCUGGUCCUCCUGUGGAAGGCCCCGGUCUACACCGGAGCCGGGCCGGUCACCGGAUAUUUGGUGGACAUGGCCAAGAAGGGCUCCUCAGAGUUCAUCACUCUGACUCAGGAGGCUGAGAGCCACCGUUACCUGCAGGUGAGCGGUCUGGAGGAAGGGGAAACCUACGUGUUCAGAGUUCGUUCUGUCAACUCAAGAGGAGUCGGGAGGCCCUCCGACCUGUCGGAGCCGGUCUGUGCCAAAGCUCUCCCAGGCACCCAGGAGAUCGUGGCCGGCGUGGACGAGGUGACCGGAGACGUCUUCCUGUCCCUGGAGGCCUGUGAGAUCUGCGAGACCUCCAAGUUCGUCUGGUCCAAGAACUACAAAGCCAUCGGCGACUGCCCCCGGGUCGUCGUCACGGAGACGGGCCGAAGCUCCAGAAUGACGUUCACCAACCCGGAUAAAGACGAUCUGGGCCGAUACUCCGUCGCCGUCACCGACACAGACGGCGUCUCCUCCAGCCAAACGCUGACUGAGGACGCCCUGAACGCGAUGCUGGAGCUCAGCUACGCCAUCAGACAUCCCGUCGUUCCUCUGAAACACGGCCUGAACUACGAGAUCUUGGAGAAGGGUCACGUCCGCUUCUGGCUGCAGGCCGUGAAGCUGUCGCCCGCCGUGUCCUACAGGUUCAUCGUCAACGACAAGGAGGUCAAAACCGGGGAGGGCAUCAAGAUCAGCCACGACGUGGCCACGGGGGUCAUCCAGAUGACGGUGGAUCACUUCACCAGAGCCAACGAGGGAACCUACACGGUCCAGAUCCACGACGGCAAGGCCAAAACCCAGAGCUCCCUGGUCCUGGUGGGAGACGUGUUCAAAGUCGCUCUGAAGGAGGCCGAGUUUCAGAGGAAAGAGCACAUCAGGAAGCAAGGUCCACAUUUCUCUGAGUACCUGUACUUCACCGUCAGGGACGACUGCACCGUCAUGCUCGCCUGCAAGGUGGCCAACGUGAAGAAGGAGACGUCCUUCCACUGGUACAAAGAGGACGAUGAGAUCGUUCCAGAAACUCCUCCCAAUGUGAUGUCCGGAGCUUGCGCUCUCCCCAUCCCUCUGUUUUCUAGGAAAGAUCAGGGCGUCUUCAAGGCCGUGCUCAGUGACGACAGAGGAAAGGACACGUCUCUGUUCGACAUAUCUGGAAACGUGUUUGACAACAUCAUCAACGCCAUCGCCCAGAUUGCCGGUGCGUCUGCCUCUGAGCUGGUGCUGCAGUGCACACCAGAGGGCAUCCGGCUGCAGUGCUACAUGAACUACUACACCGAGGAGAUGAAGACCGUCUGGAAGCACAAGGAGAGUAAGAUCGCCUCCUCUGAGAAGAUGAGGAUCGGGGGCACGGCGGAGAUGGCCUGGAUGCAGAUCUGUGAUCCGUCCGACAAGGAGAAGGGCAGCUACACCAUCGAGGUCUCGGACGGCGUGCAGACCCACGCCAGAACCUUCGACCUCUCCGGACAAGCAUACACCGAUGCCUAUGAGGAGUACCUGAGACUCAAGGCGGCAGCGUUUGCCGAGAAGAACCGGGGCAGAGUGGUCGGCGGUCUUCCUGACGUGGUCACGAUCAUGGAGGAGAAGUCCCUGAGCCUGACCUGCACCGUGUGGGGCGAGCCCACCCCCGAGGUCUCCUGGUUCAAGAACGAGCAGGAGGUCGCGUCCACCGAGCACACCAAGGUCACGUUCGAGGGCGGCAAGUUCGCCAGCAUGGUGAUCACCAAAGUCACGCCGGACGACUCCGGCAAGUACAGCAUCAACGUGCGGAACAAGUACGGCGGCGAGUUCGUGGAGAUCACCGUCAGCGUCUACAAGCACGGCGAGAAGUUGCCCGAGCCCAAACUGGGACAGCCCAAAGCGCCCGCGGCGGCCGCCACGCCCGCGCCGCCAAAGUCCCCGGCCACACCCACCAAGACCGCGACCCCUUCUAAGUCUCAGACCCCGGCGUCCAUGAAGAGCCCGACUCCAGCCUCCACCCCGGUGCCCAAGUCUCCAACCCCGACUCCAAAGUCUCCAACCCCGACUCAAUCGCGCGGCGUCAAGUCGCCCACCCCAACCCGAUCCAUGAAGUCUCCGACCCCGCCGAGGAAGUAAACGAUGGGGGGGGGGGGUUGCGUCUAAGCGGGGGGGUUCAUAGCAUGAGUGUGAAACCAGGAGGCGUUAAAGUUUAUGUAGAUGUAGUCUAAAGAACUUCAGGACGACCACUUGCAAAGUUUUAGAGACUUUGUGGCUACUAACGUACGGUAGAUU